UUCCCUUUUCUCUUUUUUUAUUUAUCUCUCUUUAAUCUGUCACUAUUUCUUUUUGUUAUAUAUAACAGUUGAUUCUUGAUCCAAGAACAAUAUCUUCUUCCUUCAUAACAUAGUGACAUCAUCACUCUGUUCUCAAGCUUGUUCCUGGUCCACCACCACCAUCACUUACUCCUCUUUCAAAUUCGUUACACACUUUCUCACAAAUUAAAUCAUUUUAAAAGUUUUUAAGUUGGAGAAAAUCACCAAAUCCACCUAAACCCAUUUCUUUAAAUCAUUUCAUUUCUAUUACCGUGGCAUUAAAGAAAAAACCACAUAAUCUUCCAGCUCAGUAUAAUGACAGAGAUCGAUUUAGAACAAGGAGCGGCGUACGGUUAUCACCGCCGCUCGUUCGGUGGAAGUGACGUCAGCGUAUAUUAUUCAGACGGGGAGGACAUGACGUCAUGUUACUCAUACUUCUAUUCGACCACGGGAGUAGGACCGUACGAAUACGAAGGAGGAGAGUCGAGGAAAGUGUCGUCCGUGAUGAGUUCCUCGGAGAUGGAUGAUGAUGGGGGUGAUGAUGCGACGGCGCUGCCGGAGAAAGACUGUAGGAUAUGUCAUUUAGGGGUGGCGGAAACGAGCGGUGGAGGUGCGAUGGAGUUAGGGUGUUCGUGUAAGGAAGAUUUGGCUAUUGCUCAUAGACAAUGUGCCGAAACUUGGUUCAAGAUCAAAGGCGACAAAAUCUGCGAGAUUUGUCAAUCGGUAGCGAAAAACGUGGGCGGUGCAAACGAGAUGGUUACGUCAACAGUGGACGAAAGAGAGGUGAGAAACGGUGGAGGCGGUGAGGAGACUGCGGCCGUAGCAGCAGCAAUGGCGAUAGAGAACAGGUGGCAGCCACAGAGAGUGGUGAAUAUAGUGUUAGCUUGUAUGGUCUUUGGCUUCGUCGUGUCAUGGCUCUUCCACUUCCAUGUUUCAUCUUCUUCUUGAAACUUUUACAUACGCUCUUUCUUUGCAUUCAAACAACAUAUUUUUACCAUAUAUCAAAAGAGUUUUUGAUUCUUUGUAUAUAUGUAAACAAACAAAAACUAUUUACUCUUUGC